AGGAUUCACACAUUGAUGUUGAAAGUCAAUUUUUAUCUUACCUAAAAUAUAUAUUGUCCACUUUUAAUACUCUGUCAUUAUAUACAUAAAUAUAAAAUAGUACCUUUUUUUUGGUGUAGGAAUUAGGAAAAUAGAUUAUUAUCCUCCAUUUUGCGAAUUUUUUUAAUAAAUAAAAAUAUGAGUACUAAUUAAUUAUGUAUAUAAAAAUAUUGUAUUUACUAGGACAUAUUUAUUUAGUUAGGACACCCAUGAAAUUGAUUAUUGGGCGAUAAAAUUGAUUAAUAAUAACCCCCAUGUCUUGCCAUCACCAUUUGAUCCAAAUCCAACGGCGCAAAUUGUUGUCACUCUACUAUAAACCGCGUUAUUACCUUCAACCCCACCACCCCCGUGUCCCCCUCUAUAUAUUUCUCCCUCUCCUCCUUCCACUCCCCCAAACAACCCACAACUUCCUACAGUAUUACUCUCCUUUUCUCUCUCCUCUCAAAUUCCUUUCCCAAACAAACAAACAAUUACUCCCUCCAUUCCUUUCCGUUAAUUCUCCUUCAUCGUAAAAUAAAAUUUUAAAAAAAUCAUUAUAUUACUUCCGUUCUUUUAUGUUAUAAUUACUUAUUGUAUUUGCUAAUUAAUCUAAUGGCGAACGGAAAAACCUUAAUAAUGUCGUCGGUUCAAAUAAUGUUAAUGUCAACCGGAGUCCUCUCCAUUGUCAUCCUUCUAUAUAUGUCCAUGCCAACCCUUAUAAGCUCGGCCUCCGCCACCGCUACCGCUGAGCUACCGUCACUUUUCUCCACCCUCCGCUCGUGGCUCCGUCCUCCUUAUCUCUACUUUAUCAUCAACGCUAUCAUUUUAACCAUCGUCGCCACCUCCCGCCUCCACCACAACCACCAUGACUCGGUGGCUCCGGCGGCUACCAAGGUUCCGAGCCAACAACAUCAUGGCCAUAAUCAUCAUGACGUCAUCGCUGUUCGUGCUGAUCAGUUUGCACCGUACGGUGUCGUUUCGGUUGCGGAGGCUGUUGUUGAUAAUGUUAUUGGAGCUGGUUUUUACGACGACGUCGUUUCCAUGAAGGAUGGUGAGGUUGUUGAGAGGGUGGUUGAGGAGGAGAGAGAAAAAAGAGUUGUUGAGGAGGAGGUUAUGAGUAAGGGAAGAGAAGAUAUAUCUAAGGUUGUUGAGAGAUCCACGUGGACUCCUCCACCUUCGUCUCCGUUGAGGAGGCAAGAGAAGUUUUCACCGGAGAUUUUCUCGGAGAAACCACCGGCUUCUUCGAGGUUCGGUCAUCAUCGGCGUCCUGCUAAGGCUAAACCCGCCCUUGCUGAAGGUGGAAAGUCAUUGAGAGUAUCAAAGCCAAAGAAACAUGAUACCCUAGAAAGCACUUGGAAGGCCAUAACUGAAGGACGACACAUUCCAUUAACCAGGCACCUCAAGAAGUCGGAUACAUGGGAAACUCAUGAUCGUCAGAUCGACUUGCUCGACGAAUCAUUUCCAAUGCCUGCGGUGGUGAAGAAAUCCGAGACGUUCCAUGAACGUUCCGAUUACUUGCCACCGCCACCCCAACCACUGGUGACAGUUAACAAGUUGAGGAAAGAGCCAUCACUAGGUCAGGAUGAGUUGAAUCGUCGAGUUGAGGCGUUCAUUAACAAGUUCAAUGAGGAUAUGAGGUUGCAAAGGCAAGAAUCUAUGCAGCAGUUUAUGGAGAUGAUUAAUCGUGCUACGUAACAAUAAUAUUAAUCAAUAAUGCUAAUUAUUAAAACUAAAAAAGCUUAGGUGUAUUGUAAUGUUGUUAUGUACAUUACUAAUCUUAUAGUGUUUGUAUUUUUUUUUUUUUCUUUUCUCAUUAAUUAAUUUUGCUAGUUAAAAGCUUAAUGCUGAUGAUCAUACUAUAAACACAGUCCAAAAAAAACAAAAGGAAAUUGCAAUACUAGACGCUACAUGAUGUAUUCUUAGAUUUUUUAUUUUUUUUCUUUUCUUUUCUUUCUCUUUUUGCAUGAAAAAAAAGGACUAGCUUAGUACUUGUAAAUUUUCUUCAUGUUUGAAAUACUGAAAAAUACUUUUCUUUUUGUAA